AUGGGAGGGGUAUCACACACUAGUAGUGUUUAUAAGGUGGAGAGUCAAAACCCUAAGUUUGGAGCACACAUUUUGGGUAGUCAAACAGAAAAGGAUAAGAUAGUUGUUGAAUUAACCCAAUGGGAACAUAAUAAUUACUUAUGUAAGAAUUAUAUUCUUAAUGGACUUGCUGAUGAUAUGUAUGAUUACUACAGUUCUGACAGCAAUACUGUUAAACAAGUUUGCGAUGCUCUAAAGAAGAAAUAUGAUAUUGAGGAAGCUGGAGCCAAAAAGUAUGUUGUUAGCCGCUACUUCAAAUAUCAGAUGACAUAUCAGUGGAAGUUCAGUCUCAUGAAAUCCAGAAAAUUGCUCACGAGAUCAUCUUUGAAGAAUCACACUUCAAAGAACAACAACAAGAAUGGGAACCCUCCAAAAAUCCCAAUUGCAAGAAAGCAACCACCUCCUAGAAAUGACCUUCUCCCCUUUCUCUGUUGUCGUUGUGGGAAAGAGGGUCAUAUGGCACGCAAGUGUAUGAACAAGUCAGGCCUUGCUAAUCAGGCUAACUUGACAGAAGAGCAAUUGGUUGCUAUGAUAACUGAGAUCAACCUUGUUGGUGGAUCAGAUGGUUGGUGGAUAGAGACUGGCGCCUCACACCAUGUCUGUUAUGAUCGUGCUAUGUUUAAAACAUACACUGCUGUUGAAGAUAAGAAAGUGUUGUUGGGAGAUUCCCACACCACUAAUGUUGUUGUUAUUGGAGAUGUGGAACUAAUAUUCACCUCUAGAAAGACCUUAAUUCUGAAGGAUGUCAUGCACACUCCAGAAAUAAAGAAGAAUCUGACUUUGUCAUAUGAAGAAACAUGUGAUUUCAAAUUUAAGUAA